GAAGGAUCUCCGACAGGACCAAUCCAGUCUAGCCCAAGGCGAGCUGAUGACAGCAGGAAGUCAAGCUUACUCGGCGAAAACACCAUAAACUACAGUCCCUUUCCCCUCUUCUUUCCUCCCUCCAGGCUUCUGCAAUUCAUUCAAAGUUAGACCAUCCAACCACCUCAAACCCAAACCCCAAACCCCAGACCCCAAACCCCAUCCGCUCAAACACAAUGUCCGCCAACCGCGGCGCCAAGAUCAUCCUCCACUCCCUCGAACGCUCCCGCUCCCAACGCAUACUCUGGCUCCUUGAAGAACUGCGCCUCGCCUACGACAUCCAACCGUACAAACGCGACGCCACGCAGCGCGCCCCGGCCUCCCUGAAGCACCUGCACCCGCUCGGCAAAGCCCCCGUGCUCAGCAUCGCGCCGCCGCCCGCGUCAGCCCACCACCACCACCACCACCACCAACAACAACAACCACCCUCGCUAAUCCUCGCCGAAUCCGCCGCCAUCAUCGAGUAUCUGGUUGAUCAUUUCCUACACCCACCGGCUACGGGUGCGGAGCACCCUCCCACCAAACUGACUCUCCCACCGCGCUGGACCGCCGGCCGCGAGAACCAACCCGGCGGGGAGACGGCGGCGUGGCUGCGCUACCGGUAUCUGAUGCAUUAUGCGGAGGGGAGUUUGAUGCCGUUGGUUGUGAUGCGGAUUUUGAUGGAUGUGGUCAAAACCGCCCCCGCGCCGUUCUUCGUCAAACCCGUGCUCGGGAUCGUGCCGGGCAUCGUGAAUAAGGAGUAUACGCGGCCGAACCUGGAGACGCAUUUUGGGUUUUUGGAGGCGCAGUUGGAGAGGAUCGCGGGGGAGGGGGCUGCGGCUGGUGGUGGUGGUGGUGGUGGUGCUGCUGCUGCUGCUGCUGCUGCUGCUGCCCCUGCCCCUGCCUACCUCGCCGGUACGCAGUUCACACCAGCAGAUAUCCUCAUGAGUUAUCCGUUGGUGAUUGCGGAGGAGAUCAAGGCGAUCGAUCCGGACCGGUUUCCGCGGUUGCGGGGGUAUGUCAAGGGUUUGAGGGGGAUGGAGGGGUAUCGGAGGGCUGUGCAGGUUUUGGAAGAGGUGGAGGGGCAGGAGUAUAGGCCUUUUUGAUGCGGUUAUGUGGAUG